CUGACGCGUGUGCAAGAACUGUAAGUUAAACGCAUAUUGCGUUACUCAAUUUGUCUUACGACGUCUUACGUGCUUGGCAUCGACUGUUCCUUUUUACGUCGAGUUUGUGUUAUCCUUAACAUAUCCUAGAGCAUAGUAUAUCCCAAGAAGACUCACAAUCAGCAAUCUCACAGUCGUAAGCAGUCUACAGGAAGGUCACGAUGGAUAUGACAGAAAAAAAGAAAAUUAAGAAAAUACAAUGGUGUCAAUGGAUCGCUGGUAUCGGAGUCAAUCUUCUGCAGCUACAAAUGGGCCUGAUAUCGGUUUGGAGUUCACCAUACGUCGCAUAUCUAACCUCACCCGAAUCUCACAUACCCAUAACAAUGGACGAGGCUUCCUGGGUAGUUUCUCUAUUGAACCUAGGCAGGCUAAUUGGCGCCAUUUCUGGUUCUGUUGCUGUCAACUAUCUCGGCACUAAAACAACGAUCUUUGUGACGAGUUUGCCAAUAACUCUCUGCUGGCUCCUUAUAUUUCUAGCCAAUCGAGUGGAAUACCUGUACGCAGCCAGGUUACUAGCUGGCAUCAGUAUGGGAAAAAUGUACAGCUGCUUCUCGCUUUAUCUAGGCGAGAUCGCGGACCCUGCCAUUCGCGGAGCUCUGGUCGUCUUAGCUGUAAGCGGAUUAUCAAUAGGCAACCUAAUGAUGAGCAUAAUGGGCGCGUAUUUAAAGAUGGCGACAAGCGCUGCCAUAUGCUUCGCGCUCUGCUUCGUACUGAUAAUCAUCUUCAUUUGGUUGCCGGAAUCGCCGCAUCAUUUCGUCAAAGUAAAAAACGAGGCUAAAGCGCGAGCCUCGAUACUCUGGUAUCACCGUGAUUGCGAUGUGGAAGCGGAGCUGCAAGCGCUGACGCUCUUUCUCGAAAAGAACAAAAGUCUACCCUUCGUGGACGUUAUAAAGGAAUACAAAAUUCCAUAUAUAUGGAAAGCGCAAAUACUCGUGUCCCUGCUCUUCAUAUAUCUUCAAAUGUGCGGCCUAAACAACGUAUUGUUUUACAUGGAGAUCAUCCUGCGAAACGCCAAAGUGACCGUCAUCGAGCCGUCGGUGAUCGUAAUUAUCGUCACGGCUACAGGAAUCGUCGGAGCUACGCUCUCUAUGUUCCUGAUCGAUAAGUUCGGCAGGCGAAUUCUGAUGAUAUUCUCCAGCUUGGCCGUCUCAAUCUCGCUAAUGUGCCUGAGUACACAAUAUCAGCUUCUCGACGCAGGCUACGACCCCGCCAAACUUCAACCUCUACCGAUUUUCUCGGUGUUGCUCUUCCAGAUAUCCCUAUACAUCGGCAUCAUCUCGAUACCCAACACGGUAUUAGGUGAGAUCUUUCCGCCGCAUGUUAAAUGCGUAGCCAGCUGUUUCGCCAGCAUCGUCGGUGCGAUAUCCUCUUUCAUCUCCACGUCAACAUAUCAGAUUUUAAACAAUUUGCUCACGGAAAAAUACUUGUUCUAUGGGUACGCUUUGAUACUAAUAACCGCCGUACCGUACGCUUAUUUUUGCAUGCCUGAGACUAAGGGCAAGUCGUUGCAGCAGAUUCAAGAAGAAAUGGACACAAAAACUGAACGGAAAAGUUGAGUCGGCUCGAAUACAUUUAUCGAAUUCUCCUACUGAUCGAUCUCUAGAAAACUAGUUGCAUUUUUGCACUUAUAAAUAAGAAGUUUCAUGGUGCGUCGACGUUGAUGCCUAGUAAUGCUGAUGUGACAAAUAAUGAUCUAAAUUGCAAUCAUAAUGCAAUAUACUUCGUCUGAGCAAAGCUAAAUUAUUUAAACACAAAGUAAAAACCAGCUAUAUGAAUUGAUGAAGAGCAUCUGACGAAUAUAUAAAGAUAUUUAAUCACUUUUACUCAUUGUAUAUUAUUUUUGCACGUGUAUUAAACUAUAAGAAUAAUUUAAUUUCUCAGUUUAUUUCUUAUACGCAUCUGAAUUAGAAUUAUAUAAUUAAUUGAUCACGUAAUAUAAAGAUAGUGAUACACGGAAAAAAAAUAAAGUGGCUUCAAUUAAACGUCGACAUCACGGGCUGCCACAAGCAUAUGUUGUGUAGUUAAUUCAAUUGGAUAUUAUUGGACCAAAUAUUUAAAUUAUGAAAACAAUUAUCUGAUGUUUUUUGUACAUUAAUAUUGAUGUUGUAUCAAUAAAUUUUAUCUCAAUAACACUGAUGCUGUUGAUACAACAUCAUUUUUUCCGCGGCGUGUAGAGAUCAUGCCUAUUUGUAAUUUAAUUAAUUUGUAAUAUAAUAGAUAUAACUAUAGCAAUUAACAUAUCUAUAAUAAUGAGUAAUAGAUUGAUAAAAUUAUAGACGUGUCGUAGACAUAAUCUUUUUUGUAAAUAAAAUUACAAUUAAUGCUAAAGAUGUGUUUUUGCCGGUGACAUAACUAUUUACUGCAAAUUAUCACUUGGCGGAAUAUUAGUGUUUAAAUCCACAAGGAAAAGAAAAGUAUAAAAUAAGAAAUGCAUUUAAUCUUCACAUUAUCAAUUACGUGCUGUUUCUAAAUACGCGACACGAUACGUUGAAUCAUCGGCGCUUAUACACAAAAACAAAUGAAAUUUUAAAUGCGAAUUCUUGAAAGAGAUACCGAAAGUACUUCUAAGAAAAAUCUCUCUCACAUUCCGCGUUCUUAUAUGCAAUAUAUCAUAGGUAUAGCAUGCAUAAUGUGAAAAAUGGUUCUUGCAAGCUGUUCGCAAAUUAAUAUCUCAUCGACAAAACUCGCGCAUAAUUAAGCGGCAACGCGCAUAAUUCGCGCAAUCUUGUCAAAUAUUGGAAGUGUGCAUUAAUUUUAAAGGAUUUUCAAGAGAUGGCGUUAGUACUAUAUCGCAUCGGACCACAUUGUUGCCUUCAUGUCAAAGCUACCAUCAUGUGGCUUUAGGCUUUAGUUUUCAGUAUGCGUCAUUUUGCCGAAGUGUAAACAACAUUGUCUUUUUUUUUUAGAUGAUAGAAACUUUGUAAUUAUUUUUUAUCUCCGGACAUAGGGUACGGUAAAGCGUCGGCGAUGGAACCAAGCCAGAUUCAUAUUUUACAAGACGAUAUUUCACUUGGACGGUCACCAGCGACAACAUUAAAAGCGCAAUGGAGCUAUGAUCUGAGGCCGUAAAUUCAACACUAUCUUAUCUCGCACAGACCAAUGACACUUUGUAUUUAUACCACAGAAAAAAACAAAACCAACGUAUUAUGUGACUAAUUAAUCUAAAAACAACUCUGCGAUAAAAAAGACGAAAUUUCGCGUUGAAUUACACAGAGAACGUAUUUAUAUGAGUGUUG